AUGGCCAACGCCACCUCGGGCAGCCCCUGCUCCAACUUCAGCCGCUCGCAGGAGGUGCUGUGGCCGGUGCUGGCGGCCCAGUUCCCUCCGGCGCUGCUGGGCAACGCCUUCGCCGUCUUCCGCCUGGCCCGCGAGCGCCCGUGGCCGGUGCCCGUGGUUUAUUCCUUCCACUUGGCCCUCAGCGGCGCGCUCUACUCGCUCUCGCUGCCCGCCUUGGCGGCGUAUUACCGGCCCCCCAAACGCUGGAGCUACGGCGCAGCGCUCUGCAAGCUCGAGCGCUUCCUCUUCAACUGCAACCUCUACGGCGGCGCCUUCUUCGUCGCCUGCGUCGCCCUCAACCGCUACCUGGGCAUCGUCUACCCGCUGCGGCUCCGCGGGCGGCUGAGCUCCCGGCACGCCCAGGCGCUGAGCGCGGCCGUCUGGGCGCUGGCCGCGGGGCUCUCGGCCCCCACCUUGUAUUUUUCGGAGCUGCGGGAGGAGGACGGCGCGGCGGAGUGCUUGGGGAGCGCGUCGCGGGAGCGCCUGCCGCGCUUCCUCGCCUACAGCCUGCUGCUGGCGGCGCUGGGCUGCGCCCUGCCCUUCCUGCUCACCGCCUUCUGCUACGGCGCCGUGGCCCGCGUGGUUUUCCGCAACCCUCGCCUCGGCCCGCUGGAAAAACGCCGCGUCGGGCUGCUGGCGGGGGCCAGCGUGGCCCUCUACGCCUUCUCCUACCUGCCCUACCACGCCUUCCGCAACCUCAACCUGUGGCGCCGCUGCCGCCUGCGGCCGCCCCUGGAGGACUGCGGAGUCUCGCGCGCCGUCCACGCCGCCGCCCAGCUCGGCAAAAUCCUCGUCAACUUCAACGUCUGCCUGCACCCGCUGCUCUACGCCGCGCUGGCCGACAGCCAAGGAAGAGAGGAAAGCGGCGGCGUAGUGCCGGAGUAG